AGGAUUUGUCUUUGAUGAACCCAGAACCACACACACAGGACUAAAGUUGAGGAGUUUUAUUGACAGGUUUGAUGGGAUGGUGGAUGAUGUAACCAGUGAUCCAGGAAUACACAGGAACAGGGGUGCAGAUGAAGGCAGGAGCUGACGCCCCGGAGUGAGAGACUAAAAGGCCCACGACAUGUCCACAGCUUCUCUGAGACGACAGGCAGACUUCAGAGUUACGAGAGACAGCUGGCAGGAGCAACCCUCAUUGUCGCUGCUGCAGAAGUCUCCUUCCUCUCCAGUCAGCUGCCACGCUACAGGUUUCUAUCCCAGCAGAGCCCUGAUGUUCUGGAGGAAGGAUGGGGAAGAGAUUCAUGAGAAUGUGGAUCAUGAAGAGAUCCUUCCAAACGAUGAUGGAACAUUCCAGAUGAGGAUUUACCUGGACAUUUCCUCGAUCAGUCCUGAAGACUGGAGGAGGUACGACUGUGUGUUUCAGCUUAUUGGCAAAGGGGAAAAAAUCAUCAAUCUGGAUGGAGCAACUCUAAGAACCAACAGAGAGAGCCCCAGCAACAUAACCCUCCCCAUCAUAGCUGCUGGGAUUACUUUGGUUCUUGUUUCCAUCGCCGCUGCUGUUGGAUAUGUGGUUAACAAAAAGAAAAUAGCUCACGAGAAUGGCAUUGAACUCACUGAGACUCUGAAUCCAGAGAUCUGAAGAAUAAUCCAUUGCUUGAUUUCAUGAAGUCCAGCCUCCUGCUCCUGACACAGUCCUUGUGCCUUCUCCACCGACUUGAUGCCUACAAACUUUGAUUCAGUUUUGCCCUGGUGACUGAAUCUGACAUAAACUACAUCCUACUCCUUCACAGAACUGUCUUUGGAGCCAUCUGUGGUAAUGGAGAGAAAUUUUGUGUUCUUUUCUCUCCACCUCUGCUAUAUAGUUCAUAAAGACUUUGGCCUGCUUUUCAUUCCUGUACGUUGAUCCCACAGCAAUGCCUUUUUUGU